GUCAAAACAGCUGUCAUAAUCGAGGCCCCUGAAAUUUUCGCGUUUAGCAGAAGCACUUGGAUUGCAUUUUUGGACACUACCUAAAAAUAUUUGAAUCAAAAUGAUGAACUUGUCCAGAGCCGUCGUGCGUAGUUUCGCUACCACCAGCAAUCGCCGUGCCACCGCCGUGGGCAAGGACCAGAUUGACAAGGGAUAUUUUGAGAUCAAAAAGGUGCAGGAACACUUCCAGAAGAAGGACGGCAAGCCCGUUUUCCUGAAGGGCUCUGUCUUCGACAGUGUGCUGUACCGUAUUACCGUGGCACUCGCUCUUGUUGGCGUAGGUGGCAUGACCAAGCUGUUCUACGACCUGAGCGUACCCAAGAAGGAAUAAGGUGCAUGCUUUAUAUUCUAAAAUUAAGCUAAGCCCUUUCCCAUUUGUUGCAGCGUAGUCGGCUUAUAUUUUAGUGUUUUGAUAAUAGCACUAGGGAACUCCCGAUAUUUCACGUUCUAAAUGUAGAUCCUGUUUAAAACUAAGUUUAAAGUGUAACGAAAUCAUUUGAACAGCAUUUAAAACAUUGAAAUAUAAUACCUUUGCUGUAGCGGUA